GAUAGGAAAUUCUAUUAGAAAUUAAAAGGCAAAAAAAAAAUUAAGUAAUGAUAAUAAAGCGUGUGAAAUACAACAUAUAUACUCGUUAUAAUAUAUAACGGUAAAAAAAAAUGAAAAUACUGUAUAACAAGGACUAAAUUUUAUUUGAAAAUCGGAGGAAAAUUGUGAAAUUUUCAAAAACGGAGUUUUUUUCUUUAACAUAGAAAAUAAAGGAAAAGACCAACGAAAAUCGAUUUAAAAAAAUAUCUACAAUAUUUUUUUAUCGUUUUUUUUUUGUUUUUUUUUUUUCGAUGAUAUUUGUUUUUUAAAUUCUACGUAGUUCCGUUUUUUUUUUUUUAUUAAAUUCAAAUUAAUUAUAAUGUUACCAAGAUGUUCGUGUGUUUUUUUAAUUUUUUCCAUUAAAAAUUAUUAAAAAAAUUUUGAAAUUUUGAAUUAUAAUUUACUUAUAUACAAAUAUAUGUUUGUAUAAAAAGCCAUAAAUAAAUAUUAAAAAAUAGUGAUGAGUUUUCAAUUAAAUACACUCAACUCUAUUACGUUCUUGGUGUGGAAAACGGAAAACUGAACCAAAGGGUUAACAAAUUUGUACUUUUUUGCUCUUUGUCUUUGUGAAUGAAAUGACUGAAUUUUUUCUUUUUUUUUCAAAGCAAAUCAAAUUCGAUUUUUAACAAAAAAGGAUUAUAAAUUUAAAUUUGUUGUUUUUAUAAUAAGAUUAAUUAAAAUUUUUCAUAUUAAUUAAGUAUAAUAAAUAAAAAAAAAAAUAAAAAAAAAAAUUUUAAUUAAAAAUUUAAUAUCUUUGUGGUUUUUAUAUGUGUGUCUGCGUCUGUUUUUUAUAAGAAAAUCUAAAAAUUUUGUGUAAAAAUUUGAAAAUAUUUUUGAAAAUAAGAAAAUUAAAUUUUCAUAAAUUUUAUAAAAAAUAAAAAUUAAUAAUAAUAGUAUGCAGUUAAUAAUAAAAUAAAUUGUAUAUAAUUGUGUUUAUAUAAAAAAUAAUGUUAUUGUAUAUAUAUCAAAAGAACAAACAGGAUAACAAAACAAAAUAAAUACAAAAUGGAGGAAAUGUAGAAAAAAAGGAAAAAUAAAUAUUCAAAAUGACAACCUGAAAAUAUUUUUCUCUUUCUUUUUAACUGUAUAUAAUUUAUGAUAAUGUAAAACAAUUCAAAAUAAAAAUAAUAACAAAAUGGGAAAAAAUACAAAGUUUAAAUAAUAAAAAAAAAAGAAAUGAAAAUAAUGAGAAAAACUUAAAGUAUGUAUAAAAAGCACCAACCAUAAUAAUUAUUGUUAUACAAAAUAUAACAAUUAUGACGUUAUAUGGGAAAAACAAAAAUUUAAUUAUGACUAGAAGGUUAUUUUUGGGUAACUUUAGAACAAUAUGACGAACAAAAAAGUAAAACCAAAAAAAAAGUUUGCUUGAAAUCAACAAACAACAAAAAAAGAGUAAAAUAAAACAAAACCUUAAUGAAUAUAAAUAAUUUAUAAACAGGACAUUCAUGUCCUUGAAAAAAAAAAAAAAAUAUUUUAAGCAUAUUAUGCAUACAUUCCUAAAAACAAAAAAAAGACCGAAAAAUUACAAAAUAAACUUUAAUCCCUUCUAAAAAAACAAAAACAAGAAUAAAAUAAAAAAUUCUGAAACAAAAAAAAAACAAAAAUAUUUGACUAAUGUAAUUUAUAAAAAAAAGUAAGAAAAACAAAAAUUUUGAAAUGUUAACUAAAAUUGUAAACAGUGGUUCUCAUAAUAAUUUAGUUAGUUAUAGUAGUAGUUGUAGUAGUGGUACCCUACUUCUCCCCAAUACUAUUAAUAAAAGCAACAAUUAUUACUACCCAAUUGAAACAAUUUUUAAUAUUCAUAUUAUAUACAAUGUUAUAAUUAAUAUAAAAUAUUUAGUUAUGAAAUAUGAACGUGUAUUUAUAAUUUUAAAUAUAUUUCGUUGUCAAAAUGACUACGAAAUAUCAUGUAACUUAUAAUGCAUUAGAUAAUGAUAAUAAUAGUAUGUCUGACGAAACAUUAGCAUCAUUACCAUCAAGUACAACAAGCCGGCGUCGGAAUGUUAAUUUUCCACCGGAUACUGUUGAUGGUUUUCCACCAAUGGUACAAGCACGCCGUAGCUCAAAAUUUAGUGUAUUUCAAAGGCCACGUUCAAUGUCAGUAUGGAGUGACAUUAGUCGUAGUAGUAUGAGAUUAGAUGAAAGGUAAGUAACAAAUGACAAAAUGUGAAAUUUUACAAAUAAACUGGUCAACAUAGGAACAGGUAAUUUAUUAAAAAUUUUUAAAUAAAAUAAAUGCUAGGGUUUUGAAUUUUUUUACCCGUCUGUAUGGGGUAGAUUCAAUUUUUUACGACUUAUGUAUUAUUUGCAUAAAGCAUUUAAGUUUAUUCUUGCUCAGACUCAAAUUCUAAGUUAAUCUAGCAGUAUACGUCCGUCCUUCUAUUUUUUUCACGUUCAUUUGAGAACGCAAGGAGCUAAAGGCCUGAAAUUACAAUUGUAUAAUUUUAUUGAACACAGGUUGAUACUGAAAAAGAUUUUCACCUACUGGAUCCCAGAAGAGAUUAAAAAUAUUAACUGAAUAUGGCCAUGCGGUGUAUCGUUGAAAUUAACAUCGAAAUUUCUAUAACAUUUACUCGAGAAUUUUUUUUAAGAUCGGUCCUCCUGGAUCACAGGCCCGGAAAUUGAUUUUUAGAAAAAUUAAAUAAUAAUUUCAAAUCUGUUUUUUCAUAAUAGGCCAAUACGUCUACCGAAAGUAAAACUUUGUAAACCGAAUAUAACUUUGAAAGCUUUGAAUUACGAUUAACUUAACUUGAAAUAUUAAAAUUCGAAUUAAAUCUUUUAACCCGCGAUAUAAUCAUAUACUUUUGCGUUAAUUUCAAUAUUGAUGAAAUUAACGCAAACCAAAUGGUUUCAUUCUUAAAAGGUUUUCAAUAUUGUAUUGCUCUUUUAAUUUCCGAAAAUCUCUUCUCUGGGUUCCUAGAAAAAAAAUGAAAAACUGUAUAUGUGAUUUCUACUUAUAGAUUUUGAAAGUGACUUUUAAUUUCAUUUUGUAUUUUUUAAAGUACUUUGAGUAAAAAUUUGUUGUAUAGAUUUUAUAAAAAAAUUGCUGAGAAUUCAUCACAGAAUAUUCUUCAUUCAGUGAACUCAAUUCAGUAAAGGGUUUAGAUCAUUAGUUCCUUAAAAUUUGCACAUCGAAUAGAUCGUCUAUUGCGCGUAACAUUUUAAACGAUUUCAUUUGUGUAAAGAAAUUUUGUGUAACUUUUCGCAGUAGCUUAGAAUAUGAAUAUAUAACCAUAUUAUUUCCAAGUAAAUUUAGUUAUUUUUAGUGACUAUACCUAAUUUGUUA